UCUAGUUGGCCGGCCCCGUCUUUUCAUUCUCUCACUUCGUUCCGAAAGUUAGUCGGCAUUUUUCUACGUUCAAAUUAUCACAUUUAUUUUCGAAAAUUUGUGUUGAAUUAAAAAAAAAAAAUAAAAUAAACAAUUAACAAAUAAAACCAAGCCGAUUUAAAGAUGAUGCGCGCCACUCUCAAGAUUACUCAACGUGCGUUGAUCACUAAUAAUCCAGUCAAGAAUUGGGAUGGUCCACGUUUGGUCUUGAAGGAAAUGAAAUCGCCUCUUUAUACUGCUGGUCCUUUUGGUAGUUCUCCAUUUACUUUGAGUUCGGCUCGCUUUUAUUCCCUUAAAGGCGGCGACGCCGGUGGCGGCGGCGAUGGAGACAAUGCAGCAAAGGCCUCGUCAUUGUCUGGAUUUGCUGCCCCAAAUAUGGGUGGUGGCAUUAUUGGUGGUAAUGCUCCAUCUGUGACUGAUGCAACUGCCAAAGUCAUGAGCAGCGGCGGCGGCAGCAACAACAAUAAGUCAUCUUCCUAUGGCCAAGAUAAUGAAGGUGCUGCUGCUGGUGCCAAAAAUAUGGCCACAUCCGAAAUGGCCGCCGAUCAGGCAAUAAUACGUCCUGGCAAAUUGGGAGCAGCUGAGCCCAUGGAAUGCUUCAAUUCCGCUGAGCCUCCCACACGUGGCAAGGCUGGUUCAUCGGGAUCUGGAUCAUCAUCUAAUGAUCACAAUCAAUCUUCUAAGGCCAAGUCAGAGGGUUUGGGUUCCGGUCCAUCUAGCCUCAAUGAGGCCGUCAAUAUGGCCAAUAAGCAAAUACAGGAAAUCAUUGCCAAUAGCCCGGACAGGGAGCAAGUGGAGAAAUAUUUCUUUCGUGUGGUGGCAUUCAUCUAUGAUUUAUCCUAUUUGAUGGGCACUUGGACUGUACGCUUUAUCGAACAGAAAAUCAUACAAAACAAGAUGGUCCAGCAUUAUUGGAAGCGAUUCCAUGAGAAGAUGGAGCAGGCCAAAAAGGAUUAGGCUGACUACUACUAAUACAAUAUUAUGUAAAAGCCACUAAUACUACACUACAUUUACACGUAUACAUACACACAU